AUGGACUCUUCUCCGCCUCCUCUGCCAGAGCCCACAUCGAAGCCAAAUGAAACUACCCCUAUACUGUCAAGUCCAACGAAACCCGCUGAUGAACAAGUAUCCGUCGACAUCACAGACUACAACACCGCAACAUCCGACGAUGCCCCAAAAGCUCGGAAAUACUCACUAGGCAAAGCUCUAUAUGCUGUCAGAAAACAGCAACAAGCUAGUGUUGCUACUGGAUCUGCUCGACCAACCGUCGAAUCACCUGAACCAAUUGUAGUCGACGACGACUAUGUGCCUCCAUCACCACAUAAGUCUCAUCAUUAUCCUCAUAUGCCUGCAUCACCAACAAAGUCCGGUACCACUCCUCGUGGCAUGAGUGCAUCCGAUAGAUGGGCUGCUGCUGGAAAGAAGGUCGUCAAUGUAAAUAGGAUUGGCAGUGCUGGUCGUCUUUUCAACGAACCAGGCGUAAAUAUGAGGUCACCACCAGAACACUUGUUGAAAAUCCGUGGCCAUUGCACGAUCACAGUGUGGCAAUACGAUGAACAUCGUUGCUCGACCGAAGUACUUACAAACGAUGAUCUACCCAAAUUCCUAGAGACUCCUCGACCAUCAUAUAGCAAAGUCCGUUGGAUAAACAUUCAAGGCAUGGAUUUUGAAGUCAUUCGUGCUUUGGCUCACACAUAUGACUUGCAUCCGUUGGCUAUUGAAGAUGUAUUUCAUACACCACAGAGGAUAAAGACUGACCAAUAUGAGAACUCUCUCUUCGUAUCCAUGCUGGUCUUUACAUUAUUACAGCAAGGAGACCGUAAAUCGUUAGACCACGCCAACCAAUUCGAGACUCGACUGUUUACAAAUAGGCCUGACAGAUUGAGUGAUCCAGAUAUACCGCUGCCUGAAAUCGUAGUAGAACAGUGCAGUUUCUUCUUGACAAAGGACGGAACUGUCAUUUCUAUAUUCCAGCAUCAAGGGUCGACUAUAUCGUCCUUGUUGCGUCUUAGAGUAGAGACGCCCAAGACUCUAUUACGAGAUUCAUGUGAUGCCAGUUUCUUGCUACAUGCUCUCGUCGAUGCUGUAGUAGAUCAUGCACUAGUCAUACCUUCUGCUUAUGAAAAACAGAUUGGUAUCUUAGAAGAGAUGGUCAUGCAACGACCAAGAAGUGCUCAUACUAAGGCACUGCAUCUCAUUGGCAAGGAGCUGAGUUUGCUCAGAAGGAUGCUGGGACCUGCGAGAAUUACGAUUGAUUUUCUCGCUGGAAAGGGUAGAGAUUCGUCAUCCAAAUUCAUCCUGAACCAUGGUACUGGAAUAUACUUUGCGGAUAUUGCUGAUCAUAUUGUCAGUGUGCUUGAGAACCUCAGGUCAAUGGAGGAAGAGACUAAGGAAUUGGUCAAUUUGAUCUUCAAUACAAUCUCACACAGUACAAAUCAAGUCAUGAAAAUCUUGGCGGUUGUGAGUGUCGUCUUCCUUCCUCUGACAUUUAUAGCAGGCUACUUUGGUCAGAACUUUGUUAACUUUCCUGAAAUUCACUUUGACCUCGGUAUCUGGUACUUUUGGCUCUGGACGGCCUUCACAAUCGUUGUCACAUUCAUCUUCUUCUUCUGGGCUCGCCUCUUGUCUCUUGAUAGUAUGGUGAGAGCGUUUCGUCGUAGCCGUUAA